CGAGCCCGAACCGGAGGCGACGGGAGCCGAGCCGAGCUGGAGCCUCCGAGGCCGCCACCGGGUCCUCAGCGACGCCGCCGCCGCCGCCUCCGCGCCGCCCCAGCGCCCCUGCCCGCCCUGCGACGGGCGUGAGCGCCGUGGCCAGCCCUUGGCCGGCCGGUGGGCAGCGGGCGCCAUGGCCGCACCAGAGCCCCUGCGGCCGCGCCUGUGCCGCCUGGUGCGCGGCGAGCACGGCUACGGCUUCCACCUGCACGGGGAGAAGGGCCGCCGCGGGCAGUUCAUCCGGCGCGUGGAGCCUGGUUCCCCCGCCGAGGCGGCCGCGCUGCGCGCCGGAGACCGGCUGGUCGAGGUCAACGGCGUCAACGUGGAGGGCGAGACGCACCACCAGGUGGUGCAGAGGAUCAAGGCCGUGGAGGGGCAGACGCGCCUGCUGGUGGUGGACAAGGAGACAGACGAGGAGCUCCGUCGGCGGCAGCUGACCUGCACCGAGGAGAUGGCCCGGCGAGGGCUGCCGCCAGCCCAUGACCCCUGGGAGCCGAAGCCAGACUGGGCACGAGCGGGCAGCCUCAGCUCCGAGGCCACCCAGGAGGAUGCCAAUGGGCCCCUGAGGGAGCUGCGCCCAAGGCUCUGCCACCUACGGAAGGGCCCCCAGGGCUACGGGUUUAACCUGCACAGCGACAAGUCCCGGCCCGGACAGUACAUCCGCUCAGUGGACCCCGGCUCCCCUGCUGCCCACUCUGGUCUCCGUGCCCAGGACCGACUCAUAGAGGUGAACGGGCAGAAUGUGGAGGGGCUGCGCCAUGCAGAGGUGGUGGCCAGCAUCAAGGCGCGGGAGGACGAGGCCCAGCUGCUGGUGGUGGACCCCGAGACGGAUGAACACUUCAAGCGGCUGCGGGUCACACCCACCGAGGAGCAUGUGGAGGGUCCACUGCCAUCGCCGGUCACCAACGGGACCAGCUCGGCCCAGCUCAAUGGUGGCUCCGUGUGCUCGUCCCGAAGUGACCUGCCCGGCUUAGACAAGGACACUGAGGAUGGCAGCACGUGGAAGCGAGACCCUUUUCAGGAGAGCGGCCUUCACCUGAGCCCCACAGCAGCUGAGGCCAAGGAGAAGGCGAGAGCCACCAGGGUCAACAAGCGGGCACCACAGAUGGACUGGAACCGGAAGCGCGAGAUCUUCAGCAACUUCUGAGCCCCCUGCCUGCUCCCCACCGGCUCUUCCCCACGGGCCUUGGCCUCGCCCUUCGGACUGCCCAGAGCUCCCCACGCCCCGGUGGACUGGAGGGGGCAUCCUUACCCCUAAGCUGGGGUGGUCCCACCACCACCCGCAGGGUGUUAGGGGAGUGUGGCCACAAGAUGGGCAGAGGGAGCCCCUGAGAUGUGAGAGACCCAGAGAGACAGUGAGGGGCAGGGGGAGAAACGGGGGGCAAGGGCCAGUGGGGAGGGGCGGUGGUGACCCGCGGGCUGGCCGCCAUGCUGACUGCCUGGGCUUGCUGACUUACAGGAAUUUGUGGUUUUGCUUUUUUUUUUUUCCAGAAGGAUCUCUAGCUCCACAUAUGUUUCCACUUAAUAGCAGAGCCCCGCCCCCACCCCCUCAGGACGUGCUCUCUAAAUACUUGCAAUAAAACAAACCUUUCUCUGCACACCAUUCCCCCCCAACCCCCUCAGCAGCAGCCAUUCCAAGUGGGAGUCCCAGGGACAGGGCUGGGGGCUCGCAGGCUUCAGGGCAGGGGCUGUGAGAGAUGCCCUCUGCCCUGUCCUGGGGUGGGCGGUCUGAGGAUGGAGGCCCCGUGCCCCUGAGAAGGGCACCUCUGGACAGGCCCCUCAUGCCUGCAGGGAAGCCCCCAGGAAGGAUCCCAGGCUCUGGGCUUGGCCCCUGCCGGGAGCCUCCCGGGAGGAGCCCCGAUCUGCCUUCCCUCUGCCCAGAUCCUGACCCACCGACCGACAUCGCUGUCUGCCCUACAAGCCAUAGCGCAUGCGCGCCCUCAGAAUAAACAGGCCUUCCUUGGA